UGCUGACCCCCCCUUCCCCCCCCCAGACCACAAAGGUGCCAGAGGUGCGGGAUGUGACCCGGAUUGAGCGCAUCGGUGCCCACUCCCACAUCCGCGGGUUGGGUUUGGACGACGCCUUGGAACCGCGACAGGUGUCUCAGGGCAUGGUGGGCCAGCUGGCAGCUCGUCGGGCUGCUGGAGUCAUCCUGGAGAUGAUCAAGGAGGGGAAAAUUGCCGGGCGCGCCGUGCUGAUCGCCGGGCAGCCGGGCACCGGCAAGACCGCCAUCGCCAUGGGCAUGGCGCAGGCGUUGGGCCCCGACACCCCGUUCACAGCCAUUGCUGGCAGUGAGAUCUUCUCGCUGGAGAUGAGCCGCACCGAGGCGCUCACUCAGGCCUUCCGCCGCUCCAUCGGCGUCCGCAUCAAGUCAGGGCACAGCUGGGGGCUGUGGGGGGCGGUUUGGGGGCAUUGGGGGAUUUUUAGGGCAGCUCGGGGGUGUUUGGGGGGCUUGGAGGACAUCUCGGGGCAUUUGGGGGCAGUUUGGGGCAUUUGGGGACUUCUAGGGGCAGCUUGGGGGUGUUUGGGGGGGGGUUGGAGGACAUUUGGGGGCAGUUUGAGGCCAUUUGGGGGCAGUUUUGGGGCAGUUUGGGGCAUUUGGGGACUUCUAGGGGCAGUUUGAGGGUGCUUGGGGGGGUUGGAGGACAUCUGGGGGCAUUGAGGGACAGUUUCGGGGCAUUGGGGGACAAUUUAGGGGCAUUGGAGAACAUUUGGGUUACUAGAGGAUUGUGUGAUUUGGGUACAAUGUUGGGAUUUGGGGAGCAGAUUUGGGGCCUUUGGGGCAGAUUUGGGGGCAAUCUGGGUAGAUUUGGGGACAAUGUUGGGAUCUGGUGGCGGAUUUGGGGACAACGUUGAGAUUUGGGGGGGCAGAUCUGGGGCCUUUGGGGUAGAUUUGGGGACAGUGUUGGGAUUU